AUGACUGCUACAGAAGUGAAGAGAAAUCAGGGGAGUGGUGAGCUGCCGUGUCUGAGUAAUUAUGCUCCGGGGAAAGAGCGUUUUUAUGAGAAGGUACAGCAGAGGUGUCUGAGUCUGCAGGAGGCAAAGGUGAAGACGAUUCGCGCACAAAAGACAGAAGAAGAAAAGGUAAAGAAGAGAGAACCCUGUGACUGGCUGCCCAAGGAGUGGUUCAGUGAAGAGAAAGAGACACUAGAUACUCGCAUCUAUUUGCUUGACAAACUCCUACCUACAUUAAUCCCAGGAGCGGAAAAACUGUUAAUGGAAGUAGAAAGAAAGAAUGUGCUUGCACCAGACAAAGAACCAACCAGAUUUAACCCCCUUAAUUUCCUUGGAGAAUAUCUGAUCAGACAUAACCCUCAGUAUGGUGUUUCUACAAAACCAGGGCCGUACCUGAGAGGAAUGAAGAUGGUCACGGAGGAGCUAAAAACUGAGAUGCCAGGUACAGCGUCAGAGAGGCUGGCCAGGAUGAAGUCUGAGACAAAGAACAAACGGAAGGAAAGGGAGCAGGUGGACAAUACGAAGUCUCAGGUGAAAGAGAUGAGAAAGGAGGCGCUGGCAAUUCAGUUCAAAGAGUGGACGGUGGAUGUCGGUGGCAGAAUACCGGUUGCACUGGUUCAGAGUGCUCUGAGGUCUUUUCUGGAUGUCAUUGCUUCUACUCCCAUGGAUGUGAGAGAAGCAAUCUAUGACAGGAAGCUGGAAAUCGUAGACACAUUGGAAAAAAAAGUAAACAUAGAUGAAUUCACAGAGUAUGUCCAUUCCUACACUGAAGAUUUUUCAAAUGACAUGUUCCAAGAAAUCCUGAAGCAUCUCUGUCAGUGUGCUGGUGACUUCCAAGAAACGAUAAGACAUGAUAUGCGGAGGCAAAUGUUUACUGAUCUCUUCUUAGACUGUGAUUAUGGAAAGGUUGGUCUCUUAGAUAGACAAAAAAUACUUGCCCUGCUGGUAGACUUCUAUGACAGCAGCCCGGUGAUCGCUAAGAGGGGACUCGGUAACCCGAGACAGUGGCCAAUAACUGAGCUGCAAGAGAUUGAUCUUGUGGAUUUAUGGGGAGGCCUUGAAGACCAGGAAGUUUGUGAGGAACUGAGUGAAAAGUUAGUCUUGUCUCAAACAGAAAUUCCUGAGGGAGAGAUUUCAGCAUAUCAGCCCGUGGGUGACAAUAGACAAUGUACAUCUACAAUGAGAACCAGUGUCAGAGAAGGUCUUUUUGAACAAAUGGCUAAUGAUUUGGAUGGAGAUACAAUACAUAGUGAGAAAUUCAGUUUCCAUGAAGACAUCAAUACUGAGAGGCAAACUGAGCCUGCAAGUGCAGACAGACAGGAGGAAGCUUUCCCAGGAUCAGCCUCUGCUGGGUACAGUCUCAGUAGAGAUGGAGAACCUGGAUCUGAAAAACAGGUGGAAGAGGAAUUUAGCCUGGGUAAAGAGCCUGAUACAGAAACAAAUAAGGAGAAAGAUUAUCAUACCUCAGACAGAGAACCUGUCUCAGAAGGGCAAGUUAGUCAGGAGGAGAACAAAUGGAUUGCAGGGGCGACCAACACAAUUUCAGGACCAACACCUGAAGCUACAACCAUGACCUCAGAAGACAGAGCUGUGGCAGACAUGGACAUCAUUGCUUCAAAACAGGGUGCUCCAGUUGCAGAGGUUGUGAAAGAAACUCCUGGAAGAAAAGAGAGUUUUUCUAGGCAGCCUGGCAGCCAGUUUGGCCAACAGACAAGCUCAGAGACAAGUCUGCAGGAUGAGGACCUUCUGCAAGACCAGGGUAAAGACUUACGUCCCUUCAUGGCAGAGAUUCAGAACCGUUGGGCUGCUUGUACUAGGAGUGCCUUUGAUGAAAGCUGCCUCAACCUGCCACAGUUUGUACAGCUCAUGGAGACAUUUGUUGGUGAAGACAUUUCUCUGCCUACUGUGAAGAGGCUUAUUGCAUUUAUCAAAGAAGAAUACAAACAGACAGAAGAGGAAAAAAUGGAACAAGUAAAAAAAGUUCACCGCAACUCUUACUUGGCCCAACGGAAACUGCUUUUGGAGGCACUUUUUGAGAAGUGGGACAACAAUGCGUGCGGGUUUCUGGACCUGGAAGAGGUGGAUGCUGUUCUAAGCACAUUCAAGGAAGGGAUGGAAAAAGAGGCCUUGAGGACGGCAAAGAAACACCUUUGCUCCCGUUACCCACAGCUCAGCAGAAUGGGGAAGCUAUCCCCAAAGGCAUUCCAGACUUUCCUUGAGUUAGUUGCUGCCGAGUUCACUGGCGAUGAGGAUGAAGGUAUUGACAAUUUGGUGGAAUUUCUGACUGCAAGCGUGAAACGAAGUCGCAUGGAGUGCCUGCAAAGCUUAGCCAGGAGGAGAUGGCUGCACAAUAUCCAGCAAGCAGCUGAGACCAGCGGAGCAAGCAUGGAGCCGGUUUACAAAGCAGUGUUUAAGGCCCUCUCGCAGGAUGCAGAAGCCCAUGGGGAUAACAAGAAGAUCAGUGCAUAUAUUGCCCUUUUGGAAGAGAACCAGCUCUCACCAGAGCGGGGACAGAUUCUCCUACACUAUGUGGCAUGUACCGCAGAUGAUGCCCCAUAUGUUCUAAACCAGAUACUUUACAGAGACAUGAAUGGAGUAAGCUUUGCAGCUGUUGAAGAGGGAAAGCCAAUCCAUGUUCCAAGAGUUCAGCUCCAUGGAAAUAUCCACUUCUGGAACUAUGAUCGCCCAGUGGAGGAGAGAAGAGGUUCACUCCUGGUCCUGCCGUUGCACGAUGCUCGCUGGAGAGCCUUUGGCAUUCUAGGACUUGACACUCUUCGGGACCAGCAUGAGAAAACCAUCUUUCUGGCCCAUGAGAUCAGUUUCUGUCAGGGAGUUUCUCAUGCGUUCAGCAAAGCCUACCACCACAUCUGCACACUGGAAAAUGUUCUACAAAUGACUGUUACUGCUCUGGACUGGCUGUAUCCCAGGGCACCCAGCAUCCACACUGUUACUACAUACCUAGUGGAGCCUGGCAAAGACAAGACAUGGGACUACGCUCUGCGCAAGAUGAUGACUGCAGAUAAUACAGGACAAAAAGAAAUUCAUAGCUCUCCUGUUCUCCUCCUCAGAAAAGAAAACCUCUUAAGAGAUUACCUGUUUAAGUGCAUCGACAGCUCAGUGGUCAUUCGCACUUCUGUCUGUGGAGAAUGCCACAUUGCAGUGCCUCUCCGUGACCUAUCAGGACAAGCUCUUGGCGUAUUUGAUAUCAGCAUUGGACACUACCAGAAAUUACCACCUCACGAACACAAAGACCUGCAGAGAAUGCUAAAGAUGGCCCAAGCUGCCUGCUCCGAGAUACUGAAGAUGUCUUCAGAGGAAACAGAACCUACCUACGUACUGGAGGCAGAACGCGUGGCAAAUUUGAGGCAUGGGGGGAUUCUGUUCCACCGGAUCAUGCUGCAGGACCUGCGCGAGUGUGUCCAGAAACUCGGUGCUGAGAGCUUUGCUGAAAUAAAGAGCUGUGUAGAACCGCCGGCUCUGGGACAUAACAUAGUUAAGGCUGUGCUGUUGCUUCUCCAUCCAGACUGGAAGGGCUCAGAGAAGAUUGAGAACUGGAGUCAGUGUAAACUGAAACUUGAUGACAAUUUGAUUCAGAAGAUUUAUUGCUUUGAUCCAACUGCUGCAUCUGUGCAAGUUCAAGCAGAGCUGGUGCUGGACUGCAUCACUGGUAAAUAUCAUAAACUGAAUGUGAAAUUACCAGACGCAGCUCAGCAAUGA